AUGUGGACAGGAUCCAGGAUUUCCAGUUUUCCCAUCACACUUCUAUUUUUUACCAUUUUUAUUGUUCGUCUCCCCGGCAGCAAUGGAGAUUUGAGCUAUACUAUACCAGAGGAGAUGAAGCGAGGAGCUGUGGUCGGUAACAUAGCGAAGGACCUCGGGAUGGAUUCCAGAGGAUUAUUAUCACGUAAAGCUCGGCUAGAUUUGAAGGGUACCCGCAAACGGUUUUGUGAUAUUAAUGUGCAAUCUGGAGAGGUCGUUAUUGCGGAAAGGAUUGACCGAGAAGAAUUGUGCAGUUCCAAGGUGUCUUGCUCUUUAAAGUACGAGCUUGUCCUAGAAGAUCCAUUAGAGUUGCAUCAGAUAUUGGUGCAAAUUCAAGAUGUAAAUGAUAACUCACCUCGGUUUUCAAGCGAUGAAAUUAAACUUGAAAUCAGCGAAUCCGCAGUAAGAGGCACACGGUUUCCAUUGAAAGAGGCUCACGAUUUGGAUGUCGGACGGAAUGGCAUACAAACCUAUUUGCUGGAAAAGAACGAGCAUUUCACUUUGGCUGUUCAUUCGAAUGCCGACGGAGGUAAACGCAGUGAAUUAGUUUUAGACAAAGAUUUAGACCGUGAGCAGGAGCAAGAGGUGACGUUAUUGCUUACUGCUAAAGAUGGAGGUACACCGCCAAGAUCCGGUUCUGUAGCCAUACAUGUUACUGUACUUGAUGCAAACGAUAAUUUACCAGUAUUCAGUCAACCUGUAUAUAAAGCCAGUCUACCUGAAAAUUCCCCUUUAGAGACAGUGGUUCUCACUGUUAGCGCCACCGACGCAGAUGAAGGAGCGAAUGGGGAUGUCACAUAUGAAUUUAGUCGCAUAUCUGACAGAGCCGCCAGGGCCUUUACAAUAGACAAGAUCAGCGGAGAGAUAAAAGUGACUGGACCAAUAGACUUUGAGGAUGAGACUGAGUAUGAAAUUGGAGUCCAGGCAUCAGAUGCUUCUGGUUUAGCCUCCAAUGCCAAAGUAUUUAUAGAAAUAACUGAUGUAAAUGACAAUGCACCUGUGAUAUUUCUAAAAUCACUGAAAAAUCCAGUCCCAGAAAACCUGUCGCCUGGCACAGAAAUUGGAAUUAUUAAUGUACAAGAUGAGGAUUCAGAGGGUGAUCGCCCCGUACGUUGCACUAUUCAGCAGAAUGUUCCUUUUAAAUUAAAUCCAUCCAUAAGGAAUUAUUUUUCACUUGUAACUACCAGUGAACUUGAUCGAGAAUACAUCAGUGAUUACAAUAUAACCAUCACUGCUACUGAUGAUGGUAUACCACCAUUGUCAUCCUCCAAAACGAUCCAGUUAUCAGUGUCAGAUGUGAAUGAUAACCCCCCUGUAUUUGAACAUCAGUCCUACAGCGCAUAUGUGACUGAGAAUAACAAGCCUGACUCCUCUGUCUGUUCUGUUACUGCGAGAGACCCAGACUGGAGACAGAAUGGCACAGUGUUCUACUCUCUGUUGCCCAGUGAGGUCAAUGGUGUUCCGGUCUCCUCAUAUGUAUCCAUUAAUGGAGACACAGGGGUGAUCCAUGCUGUGAGGGCCUUUGACUACGAGCAGUUUAGAAGCUUCAAAGUUCAGGUUGUAGCCAGAGACAAUGGUUCUCCUCCACUCAGCAGCAACGUGACUGUGAGUGUGUUCAUAACAGAUGAGAAUGAUAACUCUCCUCAGAUAUUGUACCCUACUCCAGAAGGAAACUCCUUCAUGACUGAGAUGGUUCCUAAAGCUGCUCUUUCUGGCUCGCUGGUCUCCAAAGUGAUCGCUGUUGAUGCUGACUCUGGACAGAACGCGUGGCUGUCGUAUCAGAUCGUGAAGUCGACUGAUCCGGGACUUUUCACUAUUGGUCUCCACAGUGGAGAGAUCAGGGCUCAGAGAGACAUUUCUGAAUCUGACAGCAUGAAGCAGAACCUUGUGAUCUCAGUGAAAGAUAACGGACAGCCCUCUCUCUCUACAACCUGUGCCGUAUAUUUACUCAUCUCUGAUAACUUGGCUGAAGUUCCUGAACUGAAAGACAUGUCUUAUGAGGAGAGCAAUUCUAAACUCACAUCUUAUCUGAUCAUUGCUCUGGUGUCUGUUUCCACAUUUUUCCUCACUUUUAUUAUCCUGAUCAUUGCUGUGAGGUUGUGUCACAGGAGAAAGCCCAGACUGUUGUUUGAUGGAGCAGUAGCCAUUCCCAGUGCAUAUUUACCUCCCAACUAUGCAGAUGUUGAUGGAACUGGAACUCUCCGUAGUGCUUACAACUAUGAUGCCUAUAUGACCACAGGGUCACGUACCAGUGACUUCAAAUUUGUUACGUCCUACAAUGACAACACCCUGCUUGCUGAUACCACACUGAAGAAGAGCCCUGGUGAAAAUGACAGUCUUGACUUCACUGACAAUGGAUCAAAAUUCUCCACUCUGUCCUACAGCGCAUAUGUGACUGAGAAUAACAAGCCUGGCUCCUCUGUCUGUUCUGUUACUGCGAGAGACCCAGACUGGAGACAGAAUGGCACAGUGUUCUACUCUCUGUUGCCCAGUGAGGUCAAUGGUGUUCCGGUCUCCUCAUAUGUAUCCAUUAAUGGAGACACAGGGGUGAUCCAUGCUCUGAGGGCCUUUGACUAUGAGCAGUUCAGAAGCUUCAAAGUUCAGGUUGUAGCCAGAGACAAUGGUUCUCCUCCACUCAGCAGCAACGUGACUGUGAGUGUGUUCAUAACAGAUGAGAAUGAUAACUCUCCUCAGAUAUUGUACCCUACUCCAGAAGGAAACUCCUUCAUGACUGAGAUGGUUCCUAAAGCUGCUCUUUCUGGCUCGCUGGUCUCCAAAGUGAUUGCUGUUGAUGCUGACUCUGGACAGAACGCGUGGCUGUCGUAUCAGAUCGUGAAGUCGACUGAUCCGGGACUUUUCACUAUUGGUCUCCACAGUGGAGAGAUCAGGGCUCAGAGGGACAUUUCUGAAUCUGACAGCAUGAAGCAGAACCUUGUUAUCUCAGUGAAAGAUAACGGACAGCCCUCUCUCUCUACAACCUGUGCAGUGUAUUUACUCAUCUCUGAUAACUUGGCUGAAGUUCCUGAACUGAAAGACAUGUCUUAUGAGGAGAGCAAUUCUAAACUCACAUCGUAUCUGAUCAUUGCCCUGGUGUCUGUUUCCACAUUUUUCCUCACUUUCAUUAUCCUGAUCAUUGCUGUGAGAUUGUGUCACAGGAGAAAGCCCAGACUGUUGUUUGAUGGAGCAGUAGCCAUUCCCAGUGCAUAUUUACCUCCCAACUAUGCAGAUGUUGAUGGAACUGGAACUCUCCGUAGUGCUUACAACUAUGACGCCUAUAUGACCACAGGGUCACGUACCAGUGACUUCAAGUUUGUUACGUCCUACAAUGACAACACUCUGCCUUCUGGCACCACUCUGAAGAGGAGUCCAGGAGACAACAGUGACUGUCUUGACUUUUUCGAGGAGGCAUCAAAGUGCUCCACUCUGGUAAUGCAUUGA